UUUACCAGAUAAAGUAGAUUAUUUGCUGCACAUGUAUUGUAUUUGUCUUUGAUUAAUGUGAGAUAAUUUUGUGUGACUGUCAAGUUGCAUGAAUAUUGUAAUGCAACCUGCAACUAACUCUAAAAGUUUCACAUAUAAAUCUAGUUUCUUCCAACCAGAGGCGUUUAGAUGACCCAAGAAUUUUACAGAAGUACUUAAAAAUUUCUAGGGGAUCCGGGGGCAUGCCCUGUAAAAGGCUAAAAUUGCCUAUGUAACUUUUUUAGGUAUCUAAACUAAAGAGGACUAAAGAGGAGAGGGACCAUCCGGCUUUUAUCAGCACUCAGUUCAAAAGCCUGCAUCUCUGAUGGUAUGGAAGUGCAUUAGUGCCUAUGGAAUUAGCAGAUUGCACAUCUUGAAAGGCACCAUCAGUGCUAAAAAGUAUAUACAGGUUUUAGAGCAACAUAUGCUUCUAUCCAGAUUCCAUCCCAUCUUUACUUCUGAGAGGCGCUGCCUCUCUAAGAUACUCUUUUUAUACCCAAUCAUGUUACUGACCUGUUGCCAAUUAACCUAAUUAGUUGCAUAAUGUUCCUCCAGCUGUUUCUUUUUAGUUGUACUUUUCCAUGCUUUUGUUGCCCUGUCCCAACUUAUUUGAGACUUUUUUAAUUCUGUUUUUAUUGAGUCGUCAUUGCAUUGUUUUUAUUCACGUUUAUUUACAUUUUACACAGUGUCCCAACUUUUUUGGAACUAGGGAUGUAAAAAUCCAUGUUAAAACACUGAAAAAAGGUCCCCAUUCCCAUAUUUUGCCUACAGCCCCCAAAUCACUAAAUCUGCCCCUGUACAUCCUUGAGGUUGAGAGUCAGGUGAUUGUAGUACAGAGCAAACUGACAUUAAAAGCAGCUGAAUGUUCUGAAAAUGUCUUGUAGCAGUUUCAAUUGUUGGGAUCAUGCGAGUGACCAGUGUUUUGUAAUCUCCUCGUGCGUCUCGUGUGUGUGUGUGUGAGUGCGCGCGCCUGACUGCGGAACAGCACGGGUUAAUAGAGCUCGAGACACUCCGUUUUGGGCGGGGCUGCGCAUCUGAUUGGCUCCCAUUUGUCCUACGUCAUUGAUUCGGGGUUGAGUUGUGUCGGCAUGACGCAAAGCCAGAGGGGCGUGUGUUGUGACCAGAAUCAACUGUAGAAACAAUAACAUUUAAGCGCGACCCCCUACAUAGAAUAGACGACAGGUUUAAAUGCGGUUGUGAGAGAAAGCGGAACAAGUCCGCAGAGUCACCGGCGAGUUUUGAGCAUCCGGGAAACUUCUAACGGGCUCAGCGAAGGCGCGAGCGAAGAUGCUUCCUUUGUGACAGGCUCGAGCGAAUGAGCUCUCUUCACAACUUCAUCUCAUUUCGCGUUUUUUCUUUAGACCUACUGCGCCUGGACUGGCAUGUGGGUCAAUUCUGGAAGUGUUGGAAGGGCCCUCUCCAUGGAUAUAGACACAGACUAUGAAAGGCCUAAUGUGGAGACUAUAAAGUGUGUGGUGGUGGGUGAUAACGCAGUGGGCAAAACCCGACUUAUUUGUGCUCGUGCCUGCAAUGCCACCCUCACGCAGUACCAGCUGCUCGCCACCCACGUGCCAACCGUGUGGGCCAUCGACCAGUACCGUGUGUGCCAGGAGGUGCUGGAAAGAUCUAGAGAUGUGGUGGAUGAAGUCAGCGUGUCUCUGAGACUGUGGGACACGUUCGGAGACCAUCACAAAGACAGACGGUUUGCUUAUGGCAGGUCUGAUGUGGUGGUGCUCUGCUUCUCCCUGGCUAACCCAAACUCCCUCCGCCAUGUCCGUACCAUGUGGUACCCUGAGAUUAAGCACUUCUGUCCCCGCACCCCCAUCAUCCUGGUGGGCUGUCAGCUGGACCUCCGUUAUGCUGACUUAGACGCGGUGAACCGAGCACGUAGGCCCCUGGCCAAACCCAUAAAACCCACUGACAUCCUUCCACCAGAACGAGGCCAUGAGGUGGCUAAAGAACUAGGGGUACCCUACUACGAGACCAGCAUCGUCGCCCAGUUUGGCGUCAAGGACGUCUUCGACAAUGCCAUCCGUGCAGCACUCAUUUCUCGUCGCCACCUCCAAUUCUGGAAGUCCCAUUUAAAGAAGGUCCAGCGGCCUCUUCUUCAGGCCCCCUUUUUGCCUCCCAGGCCUCCGCGGCCUGUAGUAGGUAUCCCCGAUCCACCUCCCAUGGAUGGAGAAGGCCCCAACUCUCUCUUCUGCCAGCCCUUAUGCGCAGAUGUCCUGUUCCUUCUCCAACGUGGUGCCACUCGUGUUUUUGCUCAUAAACUCUACCUAGCCACUUCCUGUUCCAAGUUCUACGACCUGUUUACCAUGGACCUAGGAUCUACAGAGGAGGACAAGGAUGGAGAUGAGACUCUGGAGGGUGGUGAAGAGGAGGAGCAAAGUCGAAGAGGAGCCAAAGAGCAGGCAGGACGUGCCAAGAGCCUUGACAUUGAUAAAGAUGGUGAUGGGGGGACCAAGGGUGGAAGGAGACUGCUUUUGCUGGAGCAGGGCUCAUUGAGGACUUCCCAAAGUGAUAAUGCCCUUCCAGUCAGGGGCCAGUACCCUGUGGGGUCCCUGGGGACCGGCCGCCCACUUUCAGGAUGGGGCCGGGGUUUCCUUGGCGUGUACCUGGAAAGGGUGGAUGACCCGGUAACUAGUCGACCAAGACUCAUGACAGUUGUGUCCAUGGAUGAACUCAUUCAGGAGGCACCUUUCAGGGCCGUGCUGCAGUACCUGUACACAGGUCACCUAGAUGAAGGCCGGAGUGACCUGAUGCAGGUGGCCACCAUUGCCGAGCUUCUGGAAGUCUUUGAUCUGCGCAUGAUGGUGGCCAACGUGCUGAACCGUGAGAGCUUCAUGAACCAGGAAAUCACCAAAGCCUUCCAUGUGCGCCGGGCCAACCGAAUCAAAGAGUGCCUGAGCAAAGGCACAUUUGCUGAUGUGGUGUUCCGAUUGGACGAUGGCUACCUACCUGCGCACAAGCCUCUGCUCAUCUCCAGCUGCGACUGGAUGGCGGCCAUGUUCCGUGGGUCUUUCAUGGAGAGCUACAUAGAGGAGGUGUCCAUACCCAACACCAGUACUGCCUGUAUGAGAGCUGUGCUGGAGUAUCUGUACUGUGGCUUGCUCACACCUUGCCCCGAGUUGGAGCCUAUUGACCUCAUAAUACUAGCCAACCGUCUCUGCUUGCCCCGCCUUGUGGCUCUUACAGAGCAACAUGCGGUUGAAGAGCUCUUGCAGUGGGCAGUAAAAGGAGCAGACAUUGAUGGACAGGUGCUGGCUUACCUAGAAAUGGCUCAGUUCCACAAUGCCAAACAGCUCUCUGCCUGGUGUCUCCAUCACAUUUGCACCAACUACAACAGUGUGUGUCGCAAGUUCCCCAAAGACAUGAAGACCAUGUCUCCAGAAAAUCAGAAGCACUUUGAGAAGCAGCGCUGGCCCCCCGUGUGGUUCCUCAAGGAGGAAGACCGCUACAACCGCUCAAAGAAGGAGCGUGAGCGUGAGGAAGAAAUCCUGCGCAAGCAACACACAAAGCGUGGCUGGUGCUUCUGGAGACACCCAUCCUCCUCUGCACCCCACAUCUCCUGAGGGUGCUUCCUUAUCCGGCAACCACCACCGCUCACACCCCAAACCCCUCACACUGUCUCGGCCUCAGGACUCACAGCUGAUCCUGGGAAGACCUGUGUCUGUGUCCAAUGUAUGCAUCCUGGCUGAUGGACGUUUGUCUGGGGCCACUUCGCCCCUGUGCUUCUGCCUUCCCUCAUCAAGCCAGGUUUAAUGCCAAGCCUGAGGCAAAAAGCUGUGGCCCAUAAGAGUUUUUAGCUCAUCAACUGAAGGGGAGAAUUUCUCACUCUGUCUUGUGUUUCACUGUGUUAAUCCAGCAAGUUUGGAGGCCACGUAGGGACACCACAUAGAGAAUGUCUUCAUGGCAGUGAUCUGCCUUCACCUUUUUAAGACUGUUAUUCUUGUGCUACAACUACAAACCCACACAUCCUCACUCACCCCCUCAGUACCAAGCCUAGGCGCUGGCGCCCGAGCAUGCAUAGAGCAUGGUGCUGUUGUGAUGAGCUCUUCCUCUGAAUCCUAUUUCUGGGGAAUAUAUCCAACAUAUAUGAGCUACACAUACCUUGCACCUAGCACCUAAAACAGCGUCAGGGAUUUGUUAUUCUGUAAUCCGCAAAGGUACAUCCAGCUGAACUGUGGUACAUGCUUUUUGCCUCAGUAAUGUAUAACCUUUGCCUAUUCUCAAAGAAAAAGAAGUUGCUUUGGAUCUUCUGUAGCCCCCUUUUUGAUCUUUAUGUUUGGUUUUCCAGUUUUCCACUGAGGCACUAUUGGGGUAACUCCACUCAAGGGCCCUCAUUUAUCAACAUUGCUUACUAACAAAUCUGUGCAGAAAUUGUGUUUACGAACUUUUCAAUGCAGAGUGUGGGAUUUAUCAAGACAAACGUUCACUUAGGCUUCUGAGUAUAUUUUGCAUGGGAGCACAAAACUAAUACCGAUACAUUUGUGGCAUCAAUUGCGGCCUAAAUUGGAAAGAGAAAUGAGGCGAACAAAUGCAAUACCUGUUCUGCCUGUUCAUGUACAAGUUCUUUCAACCAUGAUUUAUGCCUUCAGGUGUCUCCCAAACACCACGAACAGAAAUAUUAAACAGCACACCUUCUAUUCUCCACUUUAUUGAUUAAAAUCUAGAAAGAAGUUUCUUUCCAUAGCUCAGAUUUUGAUUUACUUGUUUGUUCGCUUACAUACUAUAUAUGGUUAAUUGUGGGUGUGUCUGUAUGUAACCGAGCAGUGAAAUGCACAUGUAUGGUGGCUAUGAACAAUUGGACUUUACAAUGCACACUUGUGCAUAUGAUAUGCAUACUCACCGUUGACAGAUCCCAAUUUUACUGUGUAUAUGAAACUGUUUAGAACCUUUUCUUCGCAACGUUGACACAUGAGGGCCACGAAUUAUUACUGCUAGCACUUAAAGCUGAAUGUGGGCAGAAACAGGACACUAAAUAAACAUGGUGCGAUGCUCUGUUCAUUAAACUAAAAGGUUCUAAUAAUGCACCAAAGAGACGAUUCUGGUGUCGGGGGAAAAAAACGUAAAAGGAAGGUCUUAAUUUAGGUCUAUUUCUACCACUGCUAAGGGAGUAUGACCAUUAUCUAAUGAGUAGGGUUUUGUUCUGAUCGCUACCAAGAUGUUUAUUUUUACUUGCAUUUACUUCUCCAAGCCACUAGAGGCAGUGUUGUGUCUUCGGUUUGUAUAAUGCGUUAGAUCAAGGAAAUUAAUCUGGAAUUCUUGCCUUUUUUUUUAUUUUUAUUUUUUUUUUUUAUAAAGUUUCCACCCUUCAUAUAAGAGUAACAUUUUAAUAUUUUUGUCCAGGAGUUUUUAAAUCUACUCAAUUGCAACAUAACCAAAAAUAAGGUUGCCAUAUUUUUCCUUCCUGCUUCUUUGCUAAGAUCUAAAUUAGCUUCCCUCAGUCUAACCUGCUGUGUUCUACCUCUGCAGACAGAAAUAAGUUUGGGAUUCAGUCAGUGUGGGGGUCUUUUUGUUUAUUUGCUGAAUAUAAGGCUACAGAGUUGUACCUUCACUUUCCAGUUCAUACAGUUAAAAUGGUGCUUGGAAUUACUAAAUAUCCCAGUGAUAGUAUUCUUUUCUCACAGUGGUUACUUUUUUCUCUUGCUCAUGUAAUUAAUUACUUUCUGUGUGACAAUCCUACACAACAACAGCAACAAAAUCUUGACUAUUUAGGAAAGCAAAGUUGUUGGAUAAAAGAUUGAUUCCUUUUUUCUUCAAAAAGCUUUAUAACUUUCAGUAGAAAGGCUUGUAGCAAAAUGGAAAAUAGGUUUUGUGGUAUUAUUGGUAUAUACUACUGAUGUGGUAUUUAUGUGGUAACAGCACAGCUCAGUAAUUGUAACCUUUCCACUUUUGUCCCUACAUCAAGUAUGAAGUAUUUCUCAAACGCGUUGUGCUGUUCUUUAUCUGGUGAUCCUGUUACAUUAUCAAAGACAUCAAUGUUAGUUAGGUAUUUGUUUGCUUGGGUUGUGCUAAAGUAGGCACUUAUUUCUGAAAGCUCAGUUUCACGAGUGCUAUUUUUGUAAAUGUUAAAACAGAAAACUGUUCGACUUUUUUUGUAGCACCUUCCACUAUUUCUGGCUUUCAGAUUUUUCACCUCCGUGAGACUGUACCCAGGUGCCGCUGGUAGCUAGCUGGAGACAUAUGAUGUGGAAAGAUUUCUUCUUCUUUUUUCUCACUAGAGACAUGUUCGAAUAAUCAACAGCUACUGAAAUAGACAUGCGAGAGAAUCUCGUGGGGCCCAUGUGUGAAUGAAGCUGAUCUUUGGAAGGAAGGAAAUAGCAAAAGCCUUUGACACAAGGUGGGGCCCUUUGAGCUAAAUCUUAGAAAAUCUGACAUUUUAGAUCAUUAAAAAUAGCAGUCGGUGAUCUAAAAUUAACCUCUGUCUAGCAAUGUAACAUGCCGGUGAAUACACCAGUUUGCAAUUGCUCUGCUAUGGUACUGUCUCCGUACUAAGCACUUCAAUAGUAACCUAUGGUAAAACAUUUAUAAAACAGUUCUCACAGACAAAUCAAUAGUGUUUACCUCUUAUACAGUGUCUUUCUGUACUUGAAGGUGGAACGUGCUGCCUUGGUGAUUUUUGGGCACUCCUUUUGUCCCUUACACAUUUUUGCUGUCUGGAUCUGUCGUGCAUGACUGACUGUUCCUAAACUCCAGCAUUUAAAAAGACAUUACAUUUUGUAGCAUGGUAAUUUUUCUUCCAUAAACAAAGUGGACUUUUUUAGCUCCAUGCAGUUUGUGUUCAGUGUUUGUUGGUGAAGGCAAUGAUGUCUCUGUAUAUAACCUGUGUGCUUUAUUGUUAUUGCCUUUGCUAAGUUUAGGUUUUAAAAAUAGACGGGGUGUAUGAUGUAGUUCUGUAGUUCUGAGGGACGGUUUUGUGGCUUUUGUAUGAGUAUUAUUAGAAACCUUAUUAUGGCUUGGGUAACAUUUUUUGAGACUUUUUCAACAGCACUAACAAUUGAUAAGCCCUUAUUAACAGUGUAACCGCCUAUGCACUUUAGCCUAAAUUGUGAAAAACAAACUUAUUUUCCUGAUUUUUAUAGUGAUUGCCUUGAAGUGAUGCACGUUUACAGGAAAUGUGCAUGAAGAAUGGUCUCCUAGACAUGAUUGCAUGCAGUCAUGUGUACAUUUGUAUUAAGAAUCAGGUGUGCACUUUAUUAGUCUGUUCUCCUAUAUGAGCUCGUAUACAAAUACGUGUUACAUUUAGGAGAAAGUCUAAUAACAAUGUUAUAUACAGUUUUUAACCGGGAUUAUCAUGUCCUUGCUCAAAAAAAAAAAAAAACCUGUACAUUUCCCCCCCUUCCCCCACACCCCCUCCCCCAGAGUUUGCAAUAGUAAUGCUCCAUAGGGCUCGGUGUUGUUCUAUCCUGGCAUUACCUGUGCCUUUGAUUUUUUUUUUUUUUUUUUUUUUUUUUUUUUUUUUUUUUUAAAGAAAAAAAAAUCGUGUUGCCUUUCUGAAGAGGGCCUCUUACUACUGCCUUUAGAUGUUGAAUAAUUGUAAAGAAAACCACGUGUGCAUACGCAUAAACACACACAGGCACUUAGCCAGGCAGCUGACCACCGCAUUCCUCCUCUUACUGUCAGUGCCUGUGAACGUUAUGUAGCACAGCUUACUGUUCUCUAUCCUGGCUUUAUGCUGCAUCCUUUUCAUUGCUUUUCCUGUAUGAAAUAUUUCCAGCUCUCAUUGUUUUGCUGAACCGGGUGGAAAUAAAUGUUUUGGGUUUGAUGUGAUCAUGCUGGUAUGGCUGUGGGAGAGCACGUACAGCCUACAGUAUUCGUUGUAGUCAGACACUCGUGCCCUCUACAGAAGCAAAUGAGAACUAUUGAACGCAGCUUAUUAUGCAGCACGCAUUUUAUGGCGUGAUGGAAAGACUUUUGCGUUAUUGGGAAGUCCGAGGCUGUACAUGCUUCUUCCAGUGCUGCUAUUUCCUUUCUGAUUCAGCAUCCACUCUCAAAAUUGUUCACUAUUCUUUCUUCCAAAUAUUAUUUCCUCAUUUUCUGUACCUCACACUUUUGUAUACGUACUUCUUUGAUUAAUUGCAGGAUUUGAUCUUUGGGUUAAACCCACUCUUGUAUUUUCCAUGCAGUGAAUUCAUAAGACAUAGCGUUAUGUGUUUGUGGUUUAGAUGCUUAAUGUUUUUUUGGGUUUUUUUCAUGCAUCUUAUACAAACUACUGUGGGGAAUAACAAUAUGCAAAGGGGUUAAUACUAUCAUAACUUCGAUUAUACAGCUCUCACUUUCAGUGGAAGUGGCCUUCUUUAAACUAACAUGACAAUUCUAACACUAAUGGUAUCGUCGGUUUUAUGUACAGUGCGGACCUCCGUCUCAAGGCCACCUUGGGUGUUUGAGAGCGGUCAGCAACUGAGUAAAAGCUGAUGACCAUUCUUCCUUUUGUUUUGUUCUCUUUAUAUUAUUAUAUGACUAUUAUACCAUUAAGCACGUUGUGUUAAUCUUGUUAACUUCUUACUUCUUUUGAAAAUUGCUGUUAAUGUAAUGAAACAAAAAAGAGCACACACAACACACUAUAAGGGCUUUUUUUUUUUUAUAAAAAAAAAAUGGAAGAAAGAAAGGCAACAAUAAGAAUGUUCAGCAGAUGCUGCAAAAAUGUUUUAAUGAAACCUUUUGUAAUACUAUUUUGAACCACUGUGAUUUGUACAAAAUGGAACAAAUAAGUAGGCGAAAUGCCGUUUCAGUAUUCUAAUGUUUAACUGGGCUUUUAAUAAACUUUAAGUGGAUUAUUGGA